CCCUUCCCCCCUCUAUUGAAAAACCUUAUAAAAAAAAAAAAAAAUCUUUGAAGCCUUGCUUCCAGAAGUAAAUCUACAACGAGAAACUUCACCGGCGACUAUCGUCGUCACGAAACCGCCGUUUAGCACCUCAAAUACCUAGAAAUCAAAAGCCAAACAGAAAACGAGUGGUUCUGCUUUCUGGGUUUCAUACAAUAGAUCAUUUACAAAGCAUAACUACCUGCUUUCACGAUGAAACGGCGACGUUUUGGUGCUUAAGGUUAUAUGUAUUGAUUGUUGCAUUUGUAUAGGUAGGCAUAGUGGUUGGUGCUGAUGGGAAGGGUGACGUUGGGGGUGGCGGUGGGCGUUGCGGUGGUGGCAUGCGCGGUGGCGGGGGUGGUGGUGGGAAGGAGGGUAAGAAGUAGGAGGAAGUGGGGGAGAGUGGUGGGAGUGUUGAGGGAGUUGGAGGAGUCGUGUGAGACCACAGUGGGGAGGUUGAGGCAGGUGGUAGAUGCUAUGGCCGUGGAGAUGCAUGCUGGUUUGGCUUCUGAAGGAGGCUCUAAACUCAAAAUGUUACUCACUUUUGUCGACCAUUUACCUACUGGGAGCGAGGUGGGAACUUAUUAUGCUUUAGAUCUUGGGGGUACUAAUUUUAGGGUCUUAAGAGCUGAGUUAGGAGGUAGAAGGUCCUCAAUCUUGUCAAAAGAUGUAGAACUGCAGCCUAUUCCUCAGCACUUGAUGAGAAGCACUAGUGAGGAUCUUUUUGACUUUAUUUCUUCAACAUUAAAGCAGUUCAUUGAAAAAGAAGAAAAUGGUUCUGAGUUUUCUUCACUUAGAAAAAGAGAACUCGGAUUUACAUUUUCUUUUCCAGUGAAACAAAUAUCUAUUUGUUCAGGGAUCCUUAUCAAAUGGACAAAAGGAUUUGCUAUUGAAGACAUGGUUGGAAGAGAGGUUGUUGAAUGUUUACGAGCAGGACUGAUCAGGAAUGGUUUAGAUAUGGAGGUUGCAGUGUUGGUAAAUGAUACUGUGGGAACACUAGCUCUUGGACAUUAUCAUGAUGCUGACACUGUUGCUGCAGUAAUAAUUGGAACUGGUACUAAUGCUUCCUAUCUGGAGCGGGCAGAUGCUAUUAUAAAGUGUCAAGGCCUUCUUACCACUUCUGGAGGCAUGGUUGUCAACAUGGAAUGGGGAAAUUUCUGGUCAUCUCAUUUGCCAAGAACUUCUUAUGAUGUUGAAUUGGAUGCUGAAAGCCCUAAUCCAAAUGAUCUGGGUUUUGAGAAAAUGAUAUCGGGAAUGUAUCUAGGUGACAUAGUGAGGAGGGUGAUUCUCAGAAUGUCGCAAGAGUCAGAUAUCUUUGGACCUGUUUCUUCCAGCUUGUUAGUGCCAUUUAUUUUGCAUACACCCUUCGUGGCUAAAAUGCACGAGGAUGACUCUCCUGAUUUGCAGGAAGUGGCUAGAAUCUUGAAAGAAAAACUGGAGAUUCCAGAAGUCCCUUUGAAGGUCAGAAAACUUGUUGUAAGAAUAUGUGAUGUGGUGACCCGUAGGGCUGCUCGAUUGGCAGCUGCUGGCAUUGUGGGAAUCUUGAAGAAGAUUGGCCGGGAUGGAACAGGGGGCAUCAACAGUGUAAGAGGUAGAAGCGACAUGAAGAUGAAAAGAACAGUUGUUGCAAUUGAAGGGGCUUUAUAUACAAGCUAUACAGUGUUCAGGGAGUAUUUGCACGAAGCCUUGAAUGAAAUAUUGGGGGAAGAAAUCGCCCAACAUGUCAUUCUUAAGGCCACAGAAGAUGGAUCAGGCAUCGGAGCAGCUCUCCUUGCUGCCUCUCAUUCAUCCUACAGUGUGGAUAGCGUACAGUUGCUAUAAAUAUAUAUUAUUUAUAUAUACAUAUAGCCCCUGUAAAUGUAGAAUUCAUUUCAAUUUAUUAAAAGGGUUGUCUCUAAAAUUUCAUCUUUCAAAAUGGGUUAUCAUUGUAUCUUCAUGUUUUUUUUCCCUCUUUUCCACAUUUGGUUUACUUAAUUUUCUUUUUCUUUCUAGGCAUUGUUGUAUAUUGAUGAUGUCAAAUGUGAAAAUGAUGUUCUAUUGUUUAUCAAGAAAUGAGAAAGUGAUGUCAUUUACAUUCUA